AUGGAUAUCAAUGAUGGUGCUGAAAUCUUGAACGUCGGGAUCCUGAAUGAACGAUUACCAGCACCGCUCAGAGGUGUCAAUUGUGAAACAGAGAUAGAGGAGUGUCUUUCUAACCCGUGCCAGAAUGGAGCCGAGUGCUUGGAUCACAUUGGCUACUUCUCAUGUGAAUGUCCAGACGGGUAUGAAGGCGAACGCUGCCAGGAAGACACUGAUGAGUGCCAAAGUCAGCCGUGUCAGAAUGGAGGCAUUUGCGUGGAUGCCAUUAACAGGUUCCAUUGUAAUUGCAGUGACACUGGGUUUGUAGGAGAUUUGUGUGAAACAGAAAUCCUGGAGUGCGCCUCAAACCCCUGUAAGAAUAACGCCACAUGCCUGGAAGGAAUUGGAGGCUACAGCUGUCUGUGUUGGGCAGGAUAUUUUGGUGAUCAAUGUGAGAUGGAUAUUGAUGACUGUACUGACAAUCCAUGUCUGUAUGAUGGUCUGUGUCUGGAGCGAUCCCUAUUAUCACUUUAUAAUACAGAGCCAGAGUUUAACACCGAGUUCAGCUACAGCAGUGCUGCCGGAUAUGUGUGCAGGUGUCAGCCGGGAUUUACAGGGGAAAACUGCUCUGUGAACAUUGAUGAGUGUGAAUCGGACCCAUGUCAGAAUGGUGGAACCUGCGUUGACAUGAGGAAUGAGUUCAUGUGUUACUGUGCACUGGGAUACACUGGUACUCUUUGUGCUGAAAACAUUGAUGACUGUGAAAGCGGCCCAUGUCAGAAUGGGGCCAGCUGUCAAGAUGGAGUUGCAGACUAUACCUGUAGAUGUCCUUCCCCUGUGCUAGGUGGAACCACUUGGGGAGGUAAAAACUGCUCUGUAUCUCUGGAAGGGUGUUUGAAUCACAGCUGUGAGAAUGAUGGCAUCUGCAUCCCAACAUACAAGGGGGAGACACACGGUUAUACUUGCAGAUGUCAACCGGGAUUUUAUGGGGGGAACUGUUCCAUUCCCACCACAUUUUCUUUCACAUCUAACGGAUACAUUCUGCAUGAGCUAGAUGUAAAAAACAAAGGCAACAGGAGUGUUGAAGACAAUGUUGCCCAUAUAGCUGUACGGUUCAGGACAACUUUGCCGAAUAUGGUUAUCUUGUACCGUGGAAAUGAAGAGAACUUCCUAAUACUUGAGCUUUAUAAUGGAUUGCUGCACGUUGUAUCCAGCAGCAAUAACUCCUCUUACUUGGUCAUUGAUGAACACAGAGUGGAUGAUGGUCAUUGGUACAAAGCCGAGGUAUAUUUGAAUUUAACUCUGGAGCUAAAUCUUCAUCUGGAAGGUCACAUAAACGGUUCUUACUCCAGAAGCCAACCCUUUGGUGCAUGGAAUGAUAACCAGCUCCCAGAAUCCUUUGCUGCAGUACACAUCGGGGGGAUUGCUCAAGACUCUCUGCUAAACAAUACACGAAGUAUGCAAAACUUUACUGGUUGUUUGGAAGAUCUCACAUUUGACUUCAAAAUCCUGUUGCCACAGAACAUUAGAAGUGAGCGAUCAUUUGACAUGAAGCUCGGAUGCCAAAAAAUAGAUUGGUGCUAUUCCAACCCAUGUCGCCAUGAAGCACCCUGCAUCGACCAGUGGACCAGCUAUAGGUGCAAUUGCCCCAGACCAUACAUAGGUCAAAAUUGUUUGCAAGAAUACGCAUCUGGUACGUUCUUCAGGGAAAAUAUUCCUAGUUUUGCCAACUUUACAAUCUCCCAGCUCAUUGGAGACACGUUUAAUGUUUCUGCCUUUAUCAGGACUCUUAAACCAGAUGGCCUCCUGCUACAGAUCAGUAAUGGUACUGAGGAUUACUUGACGAUUUAUCUGAAAUCUGGACAGAUUCACGUUACAAUGCUCUCUGGCAAGACUCUGUCUUUCAAAGAAAAUACUAGCGAUGGCCAGAAGCACCCGAUCAGUGUAUCAUUCAAAGAUGGGCAAGUGGUAGUCAGUGAUAACAGUUUUGAGAAGGAACUGGGACAGCGUCUACCAGUAUCAAUUUCAGCAGCUGAUACAGUACUUGUUGGAGGAAUGCCCCCAGGAGGAAAUAUUGAUCAGUGGGGGGGAUAUUUUAAAGGAUGUCUUCAAGACUUGAGAAUCAAUGGCUAUCGGCUGGAGUUUUUCCCACCAGGCUAUGAAGCAAUUGCUUCUUUCCACGGUUCUAUAAGCAAUUUAACAGAGGGAUGUGUAUCUGAUAAUACGUGUCUUUCUGACCCAUGCAAAAAUGAUGGCACCUGCACCGUAACCUGGAAUGACUUCACCUGCAACUGCUCAGCAAACUUCACUGGGCCAACAUGUGAGGAGCCCGUGUGGUGUCACCAUAGACCUUGCCCACCAGAGUCCACCUGCCAUGACAUUCCUGGAGGGUAUACAUGUCUCGUCAAUGCAACUUUCAGAGAGCAGAGCUCAGUGAUAUUCACUCCCAACAUUUCAUCCAACGUACAGCUCACUUCUGUCUCUUUGGACUUCAGAACCAGAGAUAAACAUGCUGUAUUGCUCCAAGCCUUCAAAGAUCUGGACUCUAUUUCCAUCAUCAUCCAAGCGGGUUAUCUGCUGGUCACUAUACAGAGCGGAAACAGUGUGGAAACGGUCCACUCUGAUAGAAAGAUAAUGGUGUCGGACGCUUUGUGGCACAGACUUGUGAUAUUUAUGAAAUACCCUUCAAAGGUGCCUUCACAAUGGAUAAUAAAUUUGGACAAUGGGCAGAAUAUGACUCUACAAGGCAACACUGGUAGCUUGAACUUCCUGGCAGAAGACACCCCAGUUACACUGGCUGGGAAUUACACUGGUUGCCUUGGACAGGUUUCCAUUGGAGGCUUAUAUCUCCCAUUUGCUGACCAGAUAUUUCCUCAAUCGUUCAUUAGAAACCAGUCGGGUCCGGUGGAAGUGGGCUGUAGAGGAAGAGAUGUGUGUGGUGAGGCUUCCUGCCAGCAUGGUCAGUGUCAGGAUUUAUUUAAUGCCUUCAGCUGUGUAUGUGCAGCAGGAUGGAAGGGAUUGCUUUGUGAAGUCAAAAUCUGUGUCCAUGGCUUGUAUACAGACUUGGGCACUGACUACCUGUGUACUUGCUUUUCUGGAUACACCGGCAGAAACUGUGAAACUGAUGUGGAUGAUUGCCAACAUCAUCGGUGUCUGAAUGGGGGUUCCUGUGUAGAUGCAGUGGAUAGAUACGCUUGCAUAUGCCCAGCCACCUUUACAGGUGCUUAUUGCGAGUGGCGUUUCCCUCUUGAACAGUGUGGUAAAAAUGUAACAUGUCUAAAUGGGGGAAGAUGCAUCAGCAGAGGCGGUGUAGCAAACUGCACCUGCCGGCCAGGCUUCAAAGGCAAAAGGUGUGAAAUUAAUAUCAAUGACUGUGAUCCUAACCCAUGUAACAAUGGGGGUUCUUGCCAGGACUUGGUGAACAACUACAAGUGUAUCUGUAACGCCAGCUUCAGUGGGACGCGCUGUGAGAAAAGCAGUGCAGCCUGGGCCUUCCCCUUUCCUCUGCUUGGAGUUGCGGUCCCCGUAUCAUGUGGUUUUUUACUUUUGUGUAUCAUUGUGCUCAUUUUCACGGUGCUGACGGCGAGGAAGAGAAGACAGUCGGAAGGUACAUACAGUCCGAGCCAACAGGAGGUAGCAGGGGCACGGCUAGAGAUGGAUAGUGUCCUGAAAGUGCCUCCUGAGGAGCGUUUGAUAUGAACCAGGACAAGUGACAGGGGCAUUCAUCUCAGUGCCACAGCAUUCUCAUCUGUUGUGCAGACAAUGAGUAAAGUGGUCACCUAAUCUGAGGUAACCAGCAUGCUGUGGGAGAUACUGUACACUGAAUGGAGUGUGGAUUAUGUCAAACGAUACAGGACUUUCUCUGCCUUGGAAAUGUUUCUGAUUAAGCUUUGUAUUCAAGAUAAUAAGACAAUUACAAUAUAAAGCGGUUGGAAAAAACUCCAAAAAACAGUUCUGUAUUAGAAACGGGAUAAUACGUUGGUAGGUGCAGAAAAACACUUUGCAGGUACCAUGCCAAUAUUUACUGCACAGACUGUUAAUUGUUACAGCUACUGCUGUAUAUAUGUUCCCAUGUGGUAAUCCCUCAGAUCAGGACUCUUGGUUAUUCCUUAAUGGGUGGAACUUUUUUUGUUUGUUUAUUCCUCGAAGUAAGUAGGACGACCUUACAUGCGUUUUUAUUCUAGAUUGCAGGCCUUAAUGGGUAUAUUGUCCUACUGUAUACUAAGAGCUGACUAUAGUACACUGUAUUUAACAAAAGCCAGUAUGUGCCUUAGGUCUGUAAUGCACUGUAUGCCGGCUGCCGUGUAACUAGUGACUGUCAUAUGCCGUAUGGACUGUUCCGUUGCUAAGGAAUGUUAUAUAAUGCAGGUGAGCAUUAUAAGUCACUGACAAAAAUGGGACAACUGGCAGCGAGUCUAUGACAAUUCGCUUUGUGUUAGUGCCUUAUCAUCUCACCCUAAGCUUUAUGAUUAGACUGAUAUGCCGAAAUACCACUUGUCUUAAAAGCAGUAAGUAUUACUAUACCACCUGCCGCGAUUUGUUUAAAUGUUUUGCUUGUAUAACUGCAUCAUUUUUAAUGAUUAACCAAACAUUGAGCAUUUACUUAUUUUAAUAUAGGUAACUCUAGGGCUACUUACACACUGACAUUAAAAUUCAGCAUUUAACAUAGAUUUAUAAUGCAAGUUAGUACAUGUGACGGAUAAGGCAAUGAAUCCGUGAAUGAAGCCGUGAUUGUACGUAUUUGCGGUUUCAUGUGUGUUUAGCUUGCAUUGUGUUUGUUUCAUGUGCAUUUUGUUGCGUUGUGUCUAUAAGAAUGUUUCUUGAUCCAUAUUUUUUUUUUUUUUUUUGUGCUUAAACAUGCAUAAAAAAUGUAAGUUUGGUAAAUGUCUGUGUGUGCAUGACCUAAAGCAGGCAGGUCACUGAGAUGGCACUGAGACACAGGGUACAACUCCAGAACUCACUAAUUCUAUAGUGUUGCAUAUUUUGUUGGCGCUACAAUACACAUACCUUCAAACAUUGCAAGUUUGGGAUUCCGGACACCUAUUGUGUACCUCUGGAAAGAGGACUGGGGGUAUCACCAUAUUACGUUGGGGCGCACCUUGCACUUCUCAUCACUAGGGUACCCAAAACCUUCCGGCUCUGCACCAGUAAAUGCCCAUUAUCCAAUAGCAGGUGUGCACAAAACCCAUUCACAACUGUAGGACAAGAGUCUGCACUGUCAAGGCAGUCACCUAGAAUCAGGACUGCCCGACUAAAUUGUGACAUUUGGAAAGUAUUAAUUCCUGUUAUUACUACUUUAUUGUAACACCUGUUAUAGAAUACAGGUUGAAUAUCCCUUAUCCAAAAUGCUUGGGACCAGAGGUAUUUUGGAUAUCGGAUUUUUCCGUAUUUUGGAAUAAUUGCAUCCUAUAAUGAGAUAUCAUGGUGAUGGGACCUAAAUCGAAGCACAGAAUGCAUUUAUGUUUUACAUACACCUUAUACACACAGCCUGAAGGUCAUUUUAGACAAUAUUUUUUGUAACUUUGUGCAUUGAACAAAGUAUGUGUACAUUCACACAAUUCAUUUAUGUUUCAUAUACGCCUUAUACACACAGCCUGAAGGUCAUUUAAUACAAUAUUUUUAAUAACUGUGUGUAUUAAAGAAAGUUUGUGUACAUUGAGCCAUCAAAAAACAAAGGUUUCACUAUCUCACUCUCACGCAAAAAAGUCCGUGUUUCGGAAUAUUCUGUAUUUCGGAAUAUUUGGAUAUGGGAUACUCAACCUGUACCACCACUCCACUCUCUUUUUAACUAGAUUUUACAUAAAAUUAUCAAAAAAAACUUGAUCGGAUUUUCUAACCCAGCUGUUACCUAUGAUAUAGCAUCCAUACGCCUUAUGUAUUAUGUUGCCAUUUAAAGUGACAAUUAGUUUUAAUGUCAAAAAAAUUAAAUAAAUUGGUUUUGCCUUAAAAUGAAUUGGCCCAUAAAUCUAGCGGCCAAAACCAUGCCAGAGGCUAACAAAACACACGCCUACAGUAAAACAUCAGGUCCAUAGAGUUUACUUUGACACUAAGCAAGAGGGUAGGCAACAAGUUUGUGAGCAGAACCCAAUUUUCUGAGGACCCAAUAUCAUUGCUUUGUGACUCACCACAGAGAUAAAUUGAUAUCUUGCGGAAAUAUAGGGGGUAAUUCCAAGUUGAUCGCAGCAGAAUUUUUUAUAGCAAUUGGGCAAAACCAUGUGCACUGCAGGGGAGGCAGAUAUAACAUGUGCAGAGAGAGGCCCCCUCCCCCUCUCAGGCCGGUGACGCGUUAGCCUGAGAGGGGGAGGGGGCCAGCGUUUAUAUUAACUUUUGGUGGCUAAUGAAAUAUAUAUAUAAGUUUUGAUGAUGUAUACUGGCUGCUUUUUAUGUUUAUGUGAAAAAGGUGUGUAUAAUAUAUGUGUGUGUCAGCUGUGUGCAUAUAUAUUGUGUGUAUGUGUUAAUGUAUGUAUGCAGCAUGUGUGUGUAUGUCAUGUGUCCAUGUAUGUAUGCUACUGUAUGUGUGUGUCUGCUGUAAGUAUGCUGUGUGUGUCUGGUGUGUGUGUAUGCUAUGUGUGUUUGUAAAUAUGCUGUGUGUACGGGAUGCGUUUAUGUGACCGCUAGUCACAAUACCAACACCGGGAUCCCAGCAUCUGAAAAUCUCGCCGGCAUGCCGACAAACAGGGACUAUUUUCACUCAUGGGUGUCCUCGACACCCAUAGAGUGGGAAUAUAACCUGUGGCGACAUUGCACUCGCCAUCUAACAGCCGGGAUCCCGGCGUCGGUAUUGUGACCGUGUAUACGCACACACACAUAUUCAUAUAAUGUAUCUGUGUGUAUGGAAACCCCCCCAUGAAAAUCUUGCGUUUGCCCCUGACAAUGUGGGGGUCAUUCCGAGUCGAUCGUGGCAGUGCUAAAUUUAGCACAGCUAUGAUCAUGGUCCCAGACAUGUGGGGGGACGCCCGCAACAGGACUAGCCCACCCCGCAGGUCUGUCCGCCCCCCCCCCCCCGCACAAGUGCAAAAGCAUCGCACAGCGGCAAUGCUUUUGUACUUGUUGAGUAACUCGUCGAUAUCCCUGGUCGCAGCGGCUGCGUGUGAUGUGACCUCUGCGGGCCACCCCCCCCCCCCCCUCCCCCCAGAGGCGAUCGCUAGGGAAUGACGGACUUCGGCCGCCCGGUAUGCGCUGGCAGCGCAUGCGCAGUUCCGACCCGAUCGCUGUGCUGCGAACAACUGCAGCGAGUGAUUGGGUCGGAAUGAACCCCAAAGAGCGAUGUGCAUCACCUUUGAUGACUGUAUGGGCGUCACAGUGAACAUAAGCAUCUAUGUAUCUCCGAUCAAUUCUGCAUCAGAUGCAUCUUUGCAGUUUCAGUCUGGCCAUGAAACUGGCAUUACUGAGUGUCGGGCGUGUGCAGAACUGUCGCAUGGGCUUGUAGCCAGAGUUACACCAUGUUCUAAUUCCUGUAUAUGCCGAGGGGACACCAGUAGGUGCAGGGGCUCCAAGAGGGGGGUGGGCAGCUACUAAUUACCCAGCCCUGGCCUUGAUGGAGGGUCCCGGUGUGGCUAGAUCCGCAAGCUACCCCCCACCCCUUCUUCUUACCUGUCAGCCGGCAGCAGCCUUUAUCCCAGCCCAGCACACGCUGCUGUGUUCUGAGCUGAGGUUGGUCCAGGGAGAAUGUAGCUGCCUCUGAGCCCAGCAGACUUCUCGGGUUGCAUGCGUUAUCCUGGCAGGUGGGAUGCCGGCGGUCAGUAUCCCGACAUCGGCAUCCUGCCCGCCAGAAUGCCAGCGGCGGGGCGAGCACUAAGAGUCCCCUUGCACUUGCCACAGUAUCUAUUCCCACUCAAAGUGGGAAUAGCCCUGGUGAGCCGGUUUUCCGGCUGUCGGCAUUGUCGGCUGUCUGGAUUUAAGCAUCGGGAUCAUGAACGCUGGGAUCCCGACAGUCGGCAUCUUAACUGCAUCCCGUCUUCUCUGCCUGCGAGAGGGUUAGCGCAGAUCACCCCCCCCCCCCCCCCCCCCCCCCCCAUGGUUCUGCCCCUCUCCGGUCGCAGCAUUGCCAGCAGUGUAUUGUUCAUGUAUUUUUUUAAGGGAGCGUGUACACUCCUGUAAUUAGGCCACGCCCCCUUCAUUACCCAAGCCUGGCCAAGCUGUCUAUGGCCCCGGGUAAGUGUAAGUGACGAUAAUGAUGAUAUCUGCUCUUUCCCUAUGUGUUAAAAGUGUGGCAGUGGGAUGAGUACACAUUAGGGUGUGUGAAUAAUCGUAUUACCAUUUUGUUUGCAAUCCAUUCGUGUCCAGAAGGCGGCUGCAUUUGGACAUCAGUGCAACUCAGAAUCAGGCCCUGCGCAUGUAAAAGGAUUUUUAUUCAUUGCUCCAACUAAUAAUAAUUGCUGCAAACACUGUUAUUCAUCUUCCAUCCGGCUUAGGGCUUGUAUGGGUGUUGAAAAAGACGGGUUCUUAAAAAGCCAAACCAAAAACACAAAUGUAUUUUAUCUGCACGUUUAUCAGAGCAAUAGAAGGAUAUUCUCAUAGUUUUCCGGUGCUUUGUUCUGAAUGGACGUGUACAGAGAAGGUUCAUCAUAAAGUGUGUCGCUAGCUUAUUUUAUGUUAUGGACUUUCAGCAUCAAACCGUUUAAUAGGUUGUAAGUUUGCUGAUUAUAUCCUUAAAUGAACACCUGUAUGUUCCUGGUCUAAUGGCAGAAUGCCCCAUUCUGUAUAACACUGUGGGCUACAUGUUUCACAGAAAAUGUCAAAAUGUUUUUAUCAUAUCAGUUUGAAGAUAUGCAUAAGAACAUGGAGAUAUUCACACUACCAGCUGUUAUUUCAUCUCAGUUGUUGCUGACUGGCGGUCAGCAUUAUUUAUCUCAUAGUGGUGACAUAUAGUGUGCUAUAUACUGUAUACCAGGGCUGGCCAAACCGGUCCUCGAGAUCUAGCAACAGUUCAUGUUUUCCAGGCCUCCUGGAGAUCUGUAGAAUGGUCAGUUAGGAAUGAAUGCAGCACAUCUUUAUUAGUGAUGACUACACCUGUGCACCAGCUAGGUGGUCUGGAAAAUGUGAACUGUUGGUAGAUCUCGAGGACUGGUUUGGCCAGCUCUGCUGUAUACUGAGUCUGCUGUAACAUAAAUUGCUGCUUAUAGGUCAAUUUAUUUAUUUAUGGUAGUGUACACUGAAUAACUUUCAGGUAAAUAGAUCUGUUCUGUCAUUAAAUAGAAGAUCUUACUGUUUACUUUUACUAAAACUGAAAUCUGAGUUCUCUUUAUGUUUAGUUCCACUCUAGUAAGCCUCAACAUGGCAAUGUUAUGAUGAUAAUCAACUCUAAGGGACAUUUAUACUCUUUAUUAAAGAACAUUACAUAAUACAUUCCCAGUGUGAACCAACCUUGUGGUCUGUCUGUGAGGGGACACACUAUUGGGUGUUCCUGUGACUUUACCGGUACUGUUGAACAAGGGUUCAGUAUGAGUUGCCGGCGUUUGGGUUCCUGGCGAUCAAAACACCGACUCCAAGAUCCCAAUGAAUGCAAUACCGACAGGGGUGAAAAUGGGCUAUUCUCCCGUUCACCCUAACCUCCCCACUUAGUGCAUAACCCUAACCUCCCUCCGGUGGUGCCUAAACCUAACCUCCCUCCCUGCAGCCUACACCUAACCCUCCCUUCCCUGCAGGGUAACCCUAACCCUCCCCUGGGGUACCUAACCCCCCCACCUUGCAGCCUAACCCUAACAUCUCCCGUGCCGCAUACUACCCCCCCUCCCCGCAGCCUAAUCCUAACAUCUCCCAUGCCGCAGCCUAACCCUAACCCCCCCUGGUCCUAAACCUAACCUGCAUUAUUCUCUCUACAGUCGGGAUGCCGGCUGUUGGGAAUCCUGCAUCGGUGUCCUGACCCUUUCGGAAUUCUGACAUCUGCAUCCUGAUGGAGGUCAGGAUCCCGACAGCCAGCAUAUUAACUGCAUCCGGUUGAACAAUACUGCCCAUACAGUAGCUCUAUUAAUAGCAGUGAUUUGGAGCAGGCCAUACACUGACAUAGACUGGUGGAGUAUACAAAGUGAGUCACAGUUUGAAGAUAGCCGAAAGUGACAAUAUUGUAGCAUAAUUCUGCUGAUUUAGUGCAAGUAGGGUCUAAAUUCCUAUUUGUGUAGUGAGCCACAGUUCCCCGUACUGUAGAUAUCCAGUGAGAGCAGUCAUUACUUGUGGGUGGUUUGUGACCAGAUUUCUCCCCGUUCUGCCACCUUUGCAGUAGCUGAUAAGAGUCACUUGUUCCCAGUCUUGAGUUACGUGUUUUGUCCAGCUAGUCUGUGUAAAUGUUAUUUACUAUGUAUUACAGCUUUCAGGCUAGGCCCAGAGGAUAUAUGACGUAUAUGAAGGAUGAACUGCAAACUGUUGUCUAAUUUAUGGCUAUUAACAAAAUGAUUCAAUUGUAUAAACACUGGUUUUGUGCUUUGUAAAUGCAUAUGUAUAAACUGUAUGAUAUUGAUUUGUAUAUUUUGUAUUGUAAGAAAUGGGCAGUGCCUGUAUUUCCAUAUACUGUGUAUAAUUAAACUGCCAAAUGCAACAGCAAUUAAUUGAA